AUGGACGUAGUGGGAGCGGAGCGACGCAGGCCCACCCCGGCACAGACUCCCGAGGAGAGGGACGUGUGGAGGGAUGGGGGUAGAGCUGGAUGGAGGGAUGCAGGCAGAGAGGGUUGGAGGGAUGGACGAGAGAGCGGAGUAGUGCAGAGCUACAGUUUUGACUCCUACCAGUUGGAGGAGGAGGAGAUCAGCAAAGAUGCCCCGGAGAGGGGGGUUCUGGCACUGUCUGAGCCUGACUUUGAGGAGCCGAUCCCUGACGACCGUUACCAUGGCAUCUACUUUGCAAUGCUAUUGGCGGGAGUCGGCUUCCUGCUGCCCUACAACAGCUUCAUCACAGACGUAGACUACCUCCACCACAAGUUCAGAGGGACGUCCAUCGUGUUUGACAUGAGUCUGACGUAUAUCCUCGUGGCGCUUAUGGCUGUCCUCCUCAAUAACGUGCUGGUGGAGAGGCUCAGCAUGCACACCAGGAUCACAGUGGGCUACAUUUUAGCUUUGGGACCUCUGGUAUUUGUCAGUGUGUUUGAUGUCUGGUUAGCUAAAUUCACUACCAAUCAAGCUUAUGUCAUCAACCUGGUCUCAGUAGGAGUAGUUGCCUUUGGAUGUACAGUGCAGCAGUCCAGUUUCUAUGGUUACAUGGGGAUGCUACCUAAGAGGUACACACAAGGGGUGAUGACUGGAGAGAGCACUGCUGGAGUCAUCAUCUCUUUGUCUCGCAUCUUCACUAAGCUGCUGAUCCCAGACGAGAGGAGGAACACACUCAUCUUCUUCCUCAUCUCCAUCGGCAUGGAAAUGCUGUGCUUUCUUCUUCACCUGCUGGUGCGUCGCUCACGGUUCAUCCGCUAUUACACCAGCCGCACCCAAGGCAAAGUUCUGGACAAAGGCCACGACCCCCGUGGCAACUCUACUGGCUACAGGGUCCAUCAUGAUGUCACUGCAGAGGAGGUUAAAUUUGGGAAUGGUGCAAUGGGGCAGCCCACAACAGAAGAUGCCCUUGAGGACUUUGUUGGUGGGACAUAUGUUCGAUUUGAUGCCCCCAAAAUAAAAAUCAGAAGGACCUGGCCCGGUGUCCGAGACAUGAUUUUGCACCGUUACGUGGUGUCCCGUGUGAUCUGGGCCUACAUGCUGUCCAUAGCGGUGACCUACAGCAUCACCCUGUGCCUGUUCCCCGGCCUCGAGUCAGAAAUGAGGAAUGACACAUUAGGAGAGUGGCUGCCCAUCCUCAUCAUGGCCACAUUCAAUAUGUCUGACUUUGUUGGCAAGAUCCUGGCAGCCCUCCCCUACGACUGGUCUGGAGGCCGCCUGCUCUUUUUUUCAUGCCUGAGAGUGGUCUUCAUCCCUCUCUUCAUCAUGUGCGUGUACCCAGCACACGCGCCUACGUUGGCCCACCCUGCCUGGCCUUGUCUCUUCUCCCUGCUCAUGGGUGUCACCAACGGCUACUUUGGGUCUGUGCCUAUGAUUCAGGCUGCUGGCAAAGUGGCACCGGAACAGAGGGAACUCGCUGGGAACGUUAUGACGGUCUCUUACAUGACAGGCUUGAUGGUGGGCUCCGUUGUGGCGUACGCAGCUUACAGCUUCACCGCUCCACCAGAAACAGGCUUCUCCAGGGUCAACUUAGAUGUUAACAUUACCAGCAUUUGA